UGGAUUCUCCUGUGCGCACACUAAUAUACAGUAUGGUUUCUCCUUGUCACCUUUGUUAGUGUUCCAUAAAUUGGUUCUCUCUCCAAGCCUUGUACUCUCUAAAGUCCUGUAUUUCGGAAAACAGAAAGAACAAGAAAUGCUUCUGAGAAGUGUCUCUGCACCAAUCUUGAAAUCAUGCGUUAUAGAUCCAUCUCCAGAACCAAUUAUCAGAACCAUAAGUGCUUCAAUUUCUAUCUCCUUAAAUCAUGACCCCAUCAUAAAGAAAAUCUCAACGACUGUAUCAGACCGCAACUUUAAUGAAUUGUACAAAAUCAAGAUUAAGCCUUUUCCAAAAGGAGGUUAUUCUCAGUUUGCUUCAAACUGCUCACAGAAUCAAGAAACUGUUACCAGCAGUUUGAGUUUUGGUGUUAGUACUAGUAUGUCAUUGGUAUCUGAAAUGGAAAGGUUGGAUCAAGAAUGUGCUGUUUUAGAAAAUGGUGGUGGCGGUGGCCGGAUUUGUGGUGGUGGAGAUGGAAGUGAUCAUGGGUUUGAGAGUAUUGAGGACUAUUAUCAGGAGAUGAUCAAGGUUGAUCCUAAUAAUCUUCUUUUUCUAGGAAACUAUGCCAAAUUCUUGAAAGAGGUUAAAGGAGAUGUUGUGAAAGCAGAAGAGUAUUGUGGAAGAGCAAUAGUGGCAAAUGCAAAUGAUGGGGAUAUAUUUUCACUAUAUGGGGAUUUGGUAUGGGAUGCUCAUAAGGAUGCUGAUAGGGCUGACUGCUACUAUAAUCAAGCUGUGAAGGCUUCUCCUGAUGAUUGGUAACUUGCCCGUCAGUACUGGUACAAGGGAACUUUGUCCGUCAAAACUUAGACAGAUUGGUUUCUUGUGUACACUUGAUUGCUUCUUACUUAAUUUGGGUGAAAAAAGAUAAUAAAAUUUGCACCAUCUUUGCAAAGACUAUUUACUUAAUUUGGGUGAAAAAAGAUAAUAAAAUUUGCACUAUCUUUGCAAAGACUAUAUUUGUUGCCUUUGGAUAUAUUAACCAAUGCUCAAAAUUAAAACUACUUGUUUUUCAGUUAUGUUCUUGCUUCAUAUGCUCGGUUUCUUUGGGAUGCUGGGACUGAUGAUGAUGAUGAUGAUGAUGAAGAAGAAGAAGAUGUUGAUAA